UCCUUAAAUUUGCAAUUCAUCAAAACAAAGAUGAAUCCAAAUUUGUCUUAAAUUUCUCAGUUUUUCUAUUACAUCAAAUUCCUUCCCUCACUGUGCCUUCAACGUACGGAUCAAAAUCAGCUUCCAUUCUCUCUCUUUCUCUUUCCCUCAAUUUUUGGGGACGACCUUCAUCCAACACCAUUUCUCCUCCCCAUUUACCCUAACAAAAUAUUCUUCUCAACCAUCUCUCUAUUUCCAUUUUCUCCUCAUUUCAACAUUCUUCCUCCUGAAUCCUGUUUCUCUCUUCAUCAUUUCUAGAUCUGAUCAUUUUCCCCUUUCCUUUCAUUCACGACUCUUCUCAAAUUUUCUAUGCAUUCCGGAUGGUGAAUUUGAGAGGAGCGGAUGGAAAAGGGAAGAGGAUGUUACCAGGAGAAUCGUGAUUGGCAUCUUGUUCAGACCAACGGUAAUUGUGUAAAUCGAACGAUGGAGAUUAAUGGAACCAGCUCCUCUGAAGAUUUGUCCUCCAUUUCAUUCUGUUCUGGCCUUGGCUACAUCGAACACCCUGUUUCAAGGUUCGAUACUCUUGCCGGAAUUGCUAUCAAGUACGGCGUCGAGGUCUCGGACAUCAAGAAAAUGAAUGCAUUGGUUACAGACCAACAAAUGUUUGCUCUUAAAUCUCUACAGAUUCCAACUCCUGGAAGGCACCCUUCUCCUCUCUUAUCUGAAGAUCUUGACAUUUCCAGGAAGAGUAAUUAUGAGCAAGAUACAACUCGGCUCACUUCCUUUAAUCUCUUGGACUCGUUCCCAUCACUGAGAAUCAGACCCUCCACACUCAAAACUCCAUUACAACCCCAUCAAGCAAACGUACCGGCAAUCUGUGAAUUGACAUCCUAUAGCAAAGGUGAAUUCAACCAGUUAGGAUCUCAUCCAAAGCUAGCAUCCUCCCAUAAUCCCCAUGGAAGCCACCAUCGAAAAUCAAGAAGCUUUGCAAAUGGUUUUCCUUUGGAAAACAUUGAAUUCACCGACAUCGUUACGGCCCCAAAUGGAGCAGCUGACUCCAUCAAAGGGAGCGAAAAGCUCUGCAGGAGACGUCAGAAAUCAAUGGCAGACUUCUCGACCGCAACUGAAAGCAUUUUGAACAAGACAUACGCCACCAACAAUGGUGAAUGUUUGUCAAUGACAAGAAGAAGCUUAGAUCUGAGACUGAAAGGAGUUCUUGGUAGAACAAAUGCUGCAUCAAAUGGAGUUACUGAAUUGAGUAAAUUGACACCAAAUUUAACCGAUGAUAUGGGAGGAGAUUCCUCAUUAAUGAGGAAUGGGAUUCUUGGUGGAAGAAGAUCAUCAAGUACAUGUAAUUUACAGGAAGCUGAUAAAGGAAAUGCUUCAUCAUCAUCUAAGUGGUCAACUUCUUCUUGGAGUUUGAAAACAGAUCUUCAAGCAUUUUCAUCUGCAAUGGUUACUAAGUCUAUAUUUGAAGGUUUGCCAAGGUCAGGAUCAACAAGGUAUAAAGCUUCAAGGGAUUGAUUAAGAAUUCAUUGGUUUUAACAUAUUUAUUUGCAGAUUGACCCAACAUUUGUGCAGAAUGAUCAUUGAUUAAAGCCCUGGUUUGUUAGAGAUUUUUAAUAAGAACUAAUAAAUUUUGACAAUGAGAGAUUGUUUUCAAAAUUUUGACGAUGAGAGAUUGUUUUUUGAAAGUGUAAUCUAUGUGAGAAAGAAAUUAAUUUUGACAAUGAGAGAUUGUUUUUUGAACGUGUAAUCAAUGGGAGGGGGAAAUUGUUACGUUCAUGCUGUAAACUUCAGACUCAGUGAUGGACAAAGUGUCCCCACGAUGUACUAAAAAACAGUUUUGCAAUCUUUUUCCUCUGGUAUGGUCAUUCAUCUUUUAAUUCUAAGCAUUGGUCUUAGGAUUUGAGUUUAACUUCAAACAAAGUUAGUGAUACAAGAGUGUCGGGUUCAAACCCACCACACCAAAUUUGUACUAAAAAAAACAAAGAAAACAAUUACCUAUCACAGCAGCAAAGAAUGAAGCUGUGCAAUUCAAACAAACUGAUAAUACGACAUUGGGUAGAAGAUAAAGCUAGUUGUUCCAUUAUAAACUGAUACAUUAAACAAAAUUCAACAAGUAAAAAUGUUCCCAAAUAUCAGAAACACCAAAACAAAAAA